UGGCCCUCUAUCACCGAAGUGCUUUCCCCAGUUGGCCUCACGUCGUUGGCUGAUGGCAAGUUUCAACGCUUCUGCUUGGCAACUGAACCGAGCGAGCUGCCGGGAGGAAUAGCCGCAGGUCUUCCGAUCAAAUUCACCCUUGGGCAAGCCAUCCCAAAAACGAUGCAUGACGAGCAUACGCAACUGGGUAGGCCAAAGCAGAGCCGUGCGGCUGCCGCGAGGUUGGAGUGGCAAGAACACCAACAUGACCAGGGUAGACUCGUAACGGGGAAGAAGAGUUCAGGAAGCUUACCGGGCCAGAGACACCAUGCUGCCACUCGACAAUCGUUCAACAUGCCGCGGCACCAGCGGAGGGUCGACCAUAUCUCGUCGGGCACAACGUCGACCGAGUCUUUGAGUCCGUCCAACUCAGCUUCACAAGGGAGUCUGUGGUCCAAGCAGCGGCAGGAUGGGGGAUACGGCAUAGAAGAGCUUUCGGCGGCGCAGCUGAGCAGCUCUCACUCGGCUACGGGGAGCACGGGGCCAGAAAAGCGGCCCGAGAUUGUCCACGCAAGAUUGUUGUGGAUGCCGAAGUAUAUGAGGAGGCUUGUACUCGUUGCCUUCAUCGCUCUUCUGGGUGCGGUCAUGGCCGUUCUGGAAUACGUACUGAGUCUCUCAAACAGACAGAUGGGGCUUGAUUCAAUUGACGGCUCAAGGUACGUAUGGCAGAUGGCACCUCCAGCUGUCCUGUUAAUCAUCGCGGGAUUCUGGCAACGCUUCGAGUACCAGGCACGAAGCACCGCGCCUUGGUUGCGCAUGUACAAGGGGCCGGCAGAUGCCGAGAGGACAGUGCUGCUUGACUACGUCUCCAUGACCAGACCGUCUGUGGUUGUGCGCGCCAUCCAAAACAAAGAUUGGAUUGUAGCGGCCGCAGUGGUCAUGUCAAUGCUGUUAUGGACCGCAAUGAUUGUUUCCACGGGCGCCAUAACGACGGUGCUGGCUACCAUGACCGACGGCGAUGUCAACGUCCGGUUGACAAGGCAGUUUGCGGUGGACGGUGGUGGUCUUGUUCACAACAACAGCCUCGUCACCACGGCUUCCAAGGCAACUUCCCUACUUGAGGUCGCUGGCCUUCAGUUAGGGGAGCUCACGACAUACCCCGACGGCGUGACGAAUUGGUUCGCAUAUGAGACGUUCAGCACAAACGAUCUUACGCCUGGAGCCCAGCUGACGGCUCAGGUCCAUGCAUUGUUUCCCAACCUCACGUGCGACAAGGCGUCGCUGUCGGUAAACAGCGUGAUGGUAUACGAACAGGAGCAAGUCGUCAACACAAUGUUGAUAGCACCUGGCUGCGCCGUUGAGCUUACGAUAAAUGGGACCGGCCUAGCUUCGAACCGAGGGGCAGGGAGCCCUACAUACUUUCUGCGCUCAGGGGCGGGUGGCUGCUACGGUUCGACCGCCCCUCAAGACCAGCGCAUCGUUGUUGCAUUCGGCGUUGUUAAUCUUCGUAACGGCAGCGGUGACUUCGACUACGAACGGCUCGUAUCUUCGGCAGCUGCGGUUACCUUAUCAACACCGUUAAUAUGUCGGCCGGGAUACACGAUGCGUUCCAUAGAUCUGGUCAGAAGCUCAAGCCAAACGGUACGAAUUGAGCUCGGAUCUGCCACCGCACUGUCGAGCCUCCCAGAGGUUCAUCCUUGGGACCUCGCAGCUGGCAUGCUCAAAUCAUACCAGCCGGACGUCCCAGAGGUUGCAUACCUCCUCGAUCGAGUAGCUGAAACCGACGCCUCGGGCUAUCCGGGAUUCCAGCCGGCCCGUGUCAUGAUCGACUCAUGUGUUCACUUUGCCCUUGGCUUCCGGAUGGGGGAGAGCGGCUCCCUGGAAGCAGCUGAAGAGUUUUUGGACUCGGAAAAGUUGGAAAACAUGUUAUCAAACUAUUAUCGUCACCACGCGUCGCUGGUAGCAUACUCACUCCUCCUUCGAUCCUCCACCGGGGAGAACUCGACCGUCAAGGGGACUUCGGUCACCCGAUUCGAGAGGAUAGGUGCCAACGCUGCUGGCAUACAUACAGUCGUCAUUUUGUUGGCUUUGUCUAUUAUUGUCGCCUCUUUUCUUUUUUUCGUCGUGCCGACCGAGGGCUUCUUACCGAGGAACCCGAAUACGCUGAUAGAUACGGCCGCGCUUCUGGGGCAUAGUAAAGUCCUAUUGCACAACGUCCGCGGGGCAGGUGGCGCCGAUAGCAACACGUUGUAUAGUCGGUUGUCCAUGGCCUACUUUUACACGGGCAUCGAAGCCUACGAGCGCGGUUUUAUGUCCGACAACGAGGGUUACUUCAAGGUCCUUGGCGGUCCGCUGCCCCCGACCACGCGUUCACCCGAAUACUUUGAGCCGCAGGGAGGGUCUUGGGCACCACCUAGAGGGCUUGGCAGCAUUUAUCGUGCGUUGAGCUUGUCACUCACUGUGACGUUUAUCGUGUCACUCGAGGUGAUGUUCAGGGUAUCCACAACCAACGGCGGCCUGUCUGCAAUGGGCGGUGAUCCUUGGACCCAGCUCCUUUGGACAGUGCUCCCGGCGGCCGUGACAGCCGGCCUGAUUUGCUACAUCGGUCUUGUAGACGAAUCAAUCCGCGCACUAGCGCCCUUUAUGGAGCUGACCUGGGGGAGGGGUACCUUCAGGACCAUGAAAGUCAACUACCUGGACGGGUCUACCCCGCGGGUGCUCUACCACGCCAUCUUCGGGCGAAACCUCCCAGUCAUCCUGUCGACCCUGUCGUGGGUUACGGCGGCGAUGCUCCCCGUUGUAGUCGCCGCCACCUUUGACACUCGGGCUGUGGCGCUGCAAUCGUCUGACCCGAUGCAGCAGAGCCAGCGCCGGCUGCGGCAGGACGAAGCGGCAACGCGACUACUGCAGGCUCUGCUUGUCCUCGUCUUUGUCGGCAGCGCAGGCCUUUGGUUCCUGACCCCACGCCGCAAGAUCGGGAUCCUGCCACGGCUGCAUUCCGAAUUCCCGUUGAGUAUCGCCAGCGUGGCGGCCGUAUUGGCAGAUGGCAACGUGGUCGGGAUGCUGGGCCGCGGGGCCGAGUGGAAAACGCUGCGGGAGCUCGAGCUUAUGUUCAGGGACGGUCUCCACGUCACGAUGCGGUUCCGACUCGGCUGGGACGAGGCAAGGGGCAGGACCAAGAGGAAGCAGGAUGCAUUUGGUAUAUCGGCCAUCCGGACGGGCGGUUGGGGCGGUGGUGAGAGCGUCGGGCUUGGGAUGCAGGCCAGAGUUGGGUAUUGGCAAAAGGCAUUUGUGAGGGACUGGGGAUGGAGGCCGUGA